AAAACUCUUUGGGGGGGGGGGGUUUGACUCAUUGCCCGAGCUCUGCAUGCACCUCACCACGUGCCCCUACCCCCUCUCUCACAAACACGCACACACACACUGCUGGGCAGUACUAGUAGUAUUCUACUGCUUCUAGCCUAAGAUUUCCCCCAUCAUCAAAUAUCAAAAAUUCCAUCAAAUCACAAACAAAAACAAACCCACCUCAAUCCUCUGCUCUUUUCCCCAUUUAGCUUCCCUUUCCUCCAGCACUGCAAACUGACAUUUCCCCCCUUGGAAAUCUCCAGUGAAUAAAAACAAAUAUUUCCCGAUAUUCGAAAUUAGGAAAAAAGGGGAGAAGAGAUAUAGAGAGAGAGAGGGGUGAGUUUAAAGAGGAGUUCUUCUUCACUUCAGCCAAAGCACCGCCGGUUUCGGCAAUUUCCGCCGUCUUUUUCUUUUUCCGAUACUUCUUCUCCUCCUCCUCAUCCCUCUCUCUCGAUUUUUCAGGCUGAACCCUGGUAUUUAUUAUCUUCGCUAAUUCUUUCCUUUUAUAUCUAUUUAUUAUUUAUUUGUUUGAAACCCGCUUGUUAAUUUGAGUUCCCUAGGGUUUAUUAGUGGUUCAUUGCCGGAAAGAGUAAUUAUAUACUUUCGAUCAAAGGAAACGAUACAAUUACCUGUGGAUUGAAUUGCUAAUAGGUGGAGGCUUUGUUUUUCUUUCCCCUGGGUUUGUAUUGGAGUUUGAAUUGUUUUCCCCCUUUUCUGGUCUUUGGAUUAAUAAAUUACUAGAGGUACAUAAAAAAAGUUAGAUACAGAUGGCUUUCGAUCAGAAUUCAAUCCCCAAAGAUUUGCGCCCAUUGAAUAUUGUUAGAGGUGUGCCUGAGGAUCCCCGCAUUGCUACAGUGGCCUCAUCAGGGAGGCCUAUUGAGGCCUUUUACGGAAACCCUCAUCGAGACGGCAGCCCUAGCUCUGUAGUUUAUUAUCCUCCAGCACCCGCGGCAUCAGAGCCUGGUUUUGUUAAUCUUGGUUUUGCUGGUAACGGUGCUAUUCCAGUGCCUGCACCCGGUACGAUCCCGUUAACUGGUGUUGCCAGUUGGGUCCCCCGAGUGGCGCCGCCUCAACCCACGGGGAUUGUGGGUGUUCCUGGCGUCAAUGUGGGAAGUGGGACUUUCAGUAAUCAGAAUAUCCAGAAUAUUGGGGUGCGCUCUGUGGGUAGUGCUUCAGAGGCUAGUGACGACGGGGGUGAUGAUUCAGUUUCAGGUAAGAAGGUGAAGUUUAUGUGUAGUUUUGGAGGGAAUAUAUUGCCAAGGCCGAGUGAUGGCGCAUUAAGAUAUGUUGGUGGGCAGACUAGGAUCAUCAGUGUUAGGAGGGAUAUCAGUUUUGGGGAACUGGUUCAGAAGAUGAUGGAUAUAUACGGCCAAAGUGUGGUGAUUAAGUAUCAGUUGCCGGAUGAGGAUCUUGAUGCCCUUGUAUCAGUUUCUUGUCCAGAUGAUCUAGAGAAUAUGAUGGAUGAGUAUGAAAAGUUGCUUGAAAGGUCUUCAGAUGGGUCUGCGAAGUUGAGGAUCUUUUUGUUUUCGGCAACUGAGGCUGAUUCUGCUGUAAUGGUCCAUAUUGGAGAUUGGCAGGAUAAUGGGCAAAAGUAUGUUGAGGCUGUUAAUGGGUUUAUGGAUGGCAGUGGCAAAAGUGUCAUCAGUAGGAAAGAGAGUAACGCCAGUGCUGCUUCAACUCAGAGUUCAGAUGUCAAUGGAACUGAGGUGGUUGAUAGCCGCGGGCUUUGUGAGAUCACUAGUCCUACUUCUGUUGGUGUGGCGUCCCCGAGAGAGAAUAUAGUUGCUUCUCAAGAAGCUGUGGCAAGAGUUGCUGGGGAUCCAAGUGUUCUUGCAGAAAGCUCCAGUGCCCCCCCUGGCAUCCCAUUGAGUACCUCAGCUGCUGUUCCAUCCGGUUAUCCCCUGAGUAGCUCUGGUCAUCCACAAUUGUCUGUUCAUCUCGAGAAUGAAUUGGAGAGAUCUGUACCUGGUAGUGGUCAGCAUGAGAAGGGUAUAGAAUUGCAGCAUCCUGGGGUAAGUUACCCUGCGGCUUCACCUUACUUUUAUGCAUAUGGAGAUGCUCAGCAAGAAGCUUUUAGCCGUUCUGAUUUUGUACAAGCUCCUGCUCAAAUGGGCUUCCCGGCACAGCUCUUGGCUCCUGUCUCGCCUAUGAUAGCCCCACAGCAAAUGAAUGCUACUGGUACCACCCAUCAACAGUUCGUUCCUGCAGUUCACAUGACAAUGGUUCCCUCUUCUCAUGUUAGCAUGAAUCCCAAUAUGAUUCAACCACAGCAAAUUGUGUUGGAGCGUUAUCCUGGGGAUAGUCCAAUGGGUCCAAGAAUCGUCCAUGUCCCAACUGACCAAGGAUACCAUGCAUAUCAUCAUACUCAAGUUCCUCAUGCAAUGAUUGGAGGCGCAUAUGGGUGGCCUCAGGUUUCCCAAACAGAGCAUGUGGUGUUGCCUGAUGGUUAUGUGCCUCACCAGCAGGUAGUAGCUCCUGAGAAGCUCUCUCAGUUUGAGGAUUGCCAUAUGUGUCAAAAGGCAUUGCCUCAUGCCCACUCUGACACAUUAGCACAAGAUCAGAGGGAAAGCCCUCUAAGUACUAUUGCCGACCCAAAGUCAUUUUACCAUAGUCUGAGAUUAGAUGAUAGGGGCCGUCCAGUUAAUACGCCUUUAACAGCAGCAGCCUUGGCAGAAGCUGCUGGUGAGCAGCAGGGAUCUGGUUCUCAAUUAAAAGUAGUAGGUAACGAUGCUGGAAACCCCCAUUCUGAUGGUAGUAGACUACCACAGAGUGUUGAAGUGUUCUACGUUAAUGAUAGGAUUAUUCACCAAAGGGCAGAGAAUUCUGAGCAUCCUAGGGUGCCAGUCCCGCCGGGUGUGAUAGGGUUCAAUGGAGGCAUACCACCAACUCCUUAUGGUGUCGUAGUUGGUACUACGCCUCAAACUUCUCCUGAAAGUGGAGUGUUGCCAGUCCCUAUUCCUACGCAAUACCUACUUAGACAGGAUCCUGUUAUGAGCAAACCAAUUAGUACUGAAACCCCUGCAACUGGAGGCAUACCCGUGCUUACUUCUGAUUACCUCCCUCAUGAAUCUCCUAAAGGUUAUUCUGGGAAUUUUCCGGUCUCAGUUCCUGUUGAGGAGAAUGUGAAGCCUGCCUAUGAUCAUCUCAAACAGAUUGAUGGGAGGAUGGAAAACCUCCGGGUAAGUCCUACAGGAGUAUCAGCAAAAAUUGAGCAAAGUACGUCUGCAAGUGAUAAUGUCAAGAGGGAAGGGACAUUGGAGGGAAGAUCCCAGCAGGUUGGUGGAAGGGAGGCAUAUUUAGAGGCCUUGAAUGUGCCUAGGGCUGUUCCAGUUGUGAAUCAUGUGAACCUAAAUGACAUUUCACCUCCAUCGAAUGAGGUUCUUUCAAAUCCGAACUUACACCAGGCAGAAUAUCACGACGUGGCACAGCUUGCGCAGCCCCCUCUUUUGGUUGAUCCUGGCAUGUAUACUCAAACAAAGCUUGGCGUUAAUUUGGUUCCGGAUGAUAUUUCUGGACAAAACAGUUCCUCUGCUGUUGACAAUAGUCAUUCAUCUGAAAGAAUUCCACCAGUCAUUGAUUGGAAGGAUACUGUUCCUUGGCACCAGCCGAAUGUUGUUUCUGCUGGUAUGGAAGCAGUUCUGCCUGAUGGAAAUACCCCAUCUUCUGUAUCUCCAUCAUAUAUUGGAGAUGUGCAGGACAGCUCAAAUUCCCUUUUCAGCAACCAGGAUCCUUGGAAUUUGCAGCACGAAAACCAUUUCCCCCCUCCUAGACCUAGCAAACUUCAGUUGAAAAAGGAUUCUUUUGGUACAAGGGAUGCUUCUGGGGAGAAUCGGUUUGACAAUGUUGAAUUGGUUACGGGGAAUAACAAUGGGUUAAUCACAGAUGACAGAAUUAGUCAUCCAUCGGCCAAUUCAAAUAUAGAUGUCACUUCAGAGCACUCCCGGCGUAGUAAAGGUUUUGAAGCUUUUUCACUCUUCUGGAUUGAAAACAUACUUGUGGUUGCUUUAUUUUUCUUGUUGUUUUGGGUUGCACUAAUCCUGUUUAAUCUUUGGAUUGCCUUUCAAGGUUCAUCUGAGGAUCUGAUUAAGCAAGAACUCCAGGCCGUUGCCGAGGGUGUUGCAGCUUCUGUUCUUCAGACUUCCGCGAAUUCUAAUACUGAUUUAUCUGGGCAUGGGAGGAGCAAUUCAACUUCUAGAAGCUUUCAGAAUAUUGAAGUUCAUAAUAUUGAUAAAGGAGGAAUGAAUACUGAUAAAUUUGAGGAUGUGAAAGCAAGAGUACCAGAAAAGACAAACAUUGGUUUCCCUGUUUCGGAUGGUCGCUUACAGGUCGAAAUUUGGUUUGCUAUGUUUCUAAGUUUGUCAUGGAGAUAUAAUCUUUCAUUUGUUAAUUUUUUCAACUUGCGGUUGCUUUGUGGCUGUUUGCAGAUUAUAAAGAAUAGUGACCUUGAAGAGAUAAGAGAAUUAGGUUCUGGUACUUUUGGCACUGUUUAUUAUGGUAAAUGGAGGGGUACAGAUGUUGCAAUCAAAAGAAUUAAUGAUAGAUGUUUUGCGGGGAAGCCCUCUGAAGAACUAAGGAUGAAAGAUGAUUUCUGGAAUGAGGCAAACAUCCUGGCGGAUUUGCAUCAUCCAAACGUUGUUGCUUUUUAUGGAGUUGUGCUUGAUGGUCCCGAUGGUUCAUUUGCAACUGUUACAGAGUACAUGGUCAAUGGUUCCUUACGGACUGCUCUGCAGAAAAGUGAGAGGAAUCUUGAUAAGCGCAAGCGUAUCUUGAUCGCUAUGGAUGUAGCAUUUGGAAUGGAAUAUCUGCAUGGGAAGAAAAUUGUGCACUUUGACUUAAAAAGUGAUAAUCUGUUGGUUAAUCUUCGUGAUCCACACCGCCCAAUUUGUAAGGUUGGAGAUCUGGGGUUGUCAAAAGUGAAAUGUCAAACACUCAUCUCAGGUGGUGUGCGUGGUACCCUUCCUUGGAUGGCACCGGAGCUUCUUAAUGGUAGCAGUAAUCUUGUAUCAGAUAAGGUUGAUGUAUACUCCUUUGGAAUCGUGAUGUGGGAGCUACUUACCGGAGAAGAACCUUAUGCAGAUCUGCAUUAUGGGGCUAUCAUUGGUGGUAUCGUGAGCAAUACAUUGCGGCCCCCUGUCCCAGAGACCUGUGAUCCAGAUUGGAAAUCACUGAUGGAGAGGUGCUGGGCUGCAGAGCCAUCAGAAAGACCGAGUUUUUCUGAGAUUGCGAAUGAGUUACGAGCUAUGGCCACAAAAAUUCCCCCCAAAGGACAAAAUCAACAGCAAGUUCCCUCCAAGCAAGCUCAAGUUAAGAGCUGAAUUUUUCUGUUAAUCCAGUCAUCCAGAUGGCUCAGAACUAGUUUAGUUAAAAUGAUUUUAGGCCGGAAUACGCUGCAAAAUGUUCGUGCCAAUAUAACAUAAGUUGGUUUUUCAAACUUAAAUUCUGACCCUCUGUCGUCUCUCUUUAGUUCCGGUGUUGUUACAUUUCUCAUUUUUAUUCAUCACUGAUCUUCCCACUCGAUCAAGUAUACCUGGGGAUCAAAUAUACCUACGUAUCCCUGAAACUUUUCGGCGCUGGUCUUCUCUAUCUCUUGAGCGGACUUCUCUAUCUUUUGAGCGGACACUCAAUUCGGCUUCGAAAUACUGUGGCUGCUGCUGAAUCAUACAAAUAGUCUUUUAAUCAUUUUGUUUCAACAUUUCUGGUAAAGCCAAGCCAGUUCAUUCAAUGUUCAAACUAUAAUACACUCUUCUUUGUACUUAUAAUCUUUCUGCAAUACACUCUAAAUCUUACUACACACAAACUCAUAUUUUGAGAUGAUACCAUGGUGAGAUAGGUUAAAGAUAAAUCUAUGACCUGCGUGGUUGGGUAAAUGCUCAAUUAUUGCCUAGCAUUCUAAAUCUUCAACUUGUUCGGCAAAGAGCAGCAUAAUAUGCUAACAAGACACCAUAAGGAUAACUACUGAGAGUCAAAGUAAAGAUUGUCAGCAUUCUGUGCUUGUCUAACAACAUUCUGACGACAACUAAGAAGUUCCAACUCCAAGAGUUAAAAAAGGAGUUCUCGUGUAUAAUAAAGGCAUCAGCUCAAGUGCGAGGUGCCCAGAAUCUGAAGACCAUAAUCCCUAAUUCCUACAAAUUAGCAUAAAAAGCUUUAAUGUAAUAGACGGGCAAUGGAAUACAUUUUCAUAAGAGUGGUCAUUGCUGCUAUGAUCUUUUCUUUCACUAACUUUGCUACCUUGUCUUCUGCUGCCUCCGUGUGAUUUUUGCUGCUAUUGUCUUCAAGGGGACAGUGAUAUCCAUGGGCUGAAGCACUGCUUCCAACUCGGGCCAUUCAAGAUCUUCAGAAUCACCAUCUUCAUAUGCCACCCUAUACCAUCCUGUAUCCUGAUCGAAUUUGGUGACUUUUCCAUUGUAAAAAUGUCCCCCAAAUGAUUUCUGAACCUCUCUUCCAACCAACCAUUCACCAUAACCAGUAGACUUUUUUAUUUUUUCAGGUGGUUUACUGUCACCACCGGGAAGAACAUCACUAGCAGAAAAAUCAGCAGCAUCUGUGGGAAGCGGAGGCAACCCAUUCACCACAAUUGCAGGCUCUCCUGGAAUACGAUAGAUCGCAACAACAGGUGUCUCACCAUCAUCCAUUUUGCACUCAUUAUCCAUUUGUCAUCAACUAGCCAAAUCAAUGUCAAAUCGGCAAAGAUAUUCAUCAUUAGCAAUGGAGAAAUAACCCAACAAGAUAAACUGCAAUCAAUGUCAAGUAAAAGAAGUUCGGUUUUACAUUCAAUGCACAUUACAGCAACCUACAGAACACCAUCAAAAACUUAUAAAAAAAAAACAGUUAUAUGAGGGGAGGCGUUCCAAAAACAACAUUUAUGCACCUGCAUUUGAGUAUUGUCCCCUAAAUACAGCCAAAUAGUUGUAUCACAAUCCAUUAUGGUGAAUAAGCUUGUAUUUUGUUCUAAAGAGUCAGAAUGCUUCACCUUUUGUUAGCUAAUGAACUUAAUAAUUAUAAAAGAGUUCCGAAGAAAGAAAAAACAAGAUAGGGAUGGAUAAAGAGAGGGGUACUCUAUCCACAAUCAUUACCGAUAAUUCACCAGGGAUUUCAAUGUUCUUUUACCACAUAUCAUCAGACUUAAUUACCUUCUAAUCCACACCAGUGUAAGCUAAAAAAUAACCUAGCCAAUUUGCUAGAACUAAGACAUUUCCAAUCAAAGGGACAGCAUUUACAGUUUAACAUAUUACAUAAAAACACCAUACUCCAGAAAUCCCAAAUUUAAGAAGCACAGCUAAUUAUUGACAAACAGAUAAACAAAUAUUCAUCCUCAAAUCAGCAUUUUAUGUUGGCAAACAACUUCUAAAUUCAAAACAUGUUAAAGCAAAACGGACCUAAACGUCCAACUAAACGCUAAUUCUUCCUGGGAAAAAGCAAACUUCUCCUCUACCAGAAAACUAGGUAUUCAACAAUAAUUUAACCCUUCCGUCAUAUUCAAAUAUUCAGACAGUAUACCAUGAUUAUGAAUCACUGCUAAGAUUUCAGAAUGGAUUCAAACGGAACCAAAAACCCUUUAUCAUAAAAACACUCACAAUUCAGAAAAUAAGCAAAAGAAGGUAAAUUGCGAAAAAGCCAAGAGUUGCAAGAGAUAAACCUCAGUAGCAAGAGUGCUUUAGCUGGCGUGAGCUUCAGAAAAUUAAAGGGUUUAAAGGAAAAAAGAACAAAAAUUCCAAAAUUGUG